CUAUCAGUUGACUUGUCAAAAGUCACAAGUCACAAUUCACAACUGUUUUGUAAACAAAAUUGUAAGUCAUAAAAGCUUACUUAGCUAUUUUUGUUAAAAAUUGUAAAACUUCUCGUGAAAAAUUCGUUUAAUUCAUUAACUGAAAAUACAACAAAAAUGGUGACUAACAGUUUGUCAGGUGACGAAAUUUACCAUGAAAGACAACGGUAUCAACUUUGUGCCCUACAUGCCCUCAAUAACUUAUUUCAAUCUGACAUAUAUACAAAAGCACAACUCGACGAGGUGUGUAAGAAUCUCAGCCCCAAAGUCUGGAUAAAUCCACAUCGAUCUGUCCUUGGCCUCGGCAACUAUGACGUCAACGUGAUUAUGACUGCACUACAAGAAAGAGGAUGUGAAGCUGCCUGGUUUGAUAAACGAAAAGAUCCAUCUUGUAUAAAUCUGGAGGAAGUUGUUGGCUUUAUUCUUAACAUCCCCGCUGACUACAAAUUCGGUUAUGUUACUCUGCCCAUUAAAAAAAGACACUGGAUAGCGGUAAGGAAAGUCAAUAAUGGACAAUAUUAUAAUCUGGACUCUAAACUAGAUUCACCAAAUUGCAUUGGCGACCAAGAUAGUCUUUUAAGUUUCCUACGGCUACAACUCGAGUCCAAUGACCGAGAACUGUUUAUUAUAGUACAAGCAAGCGAAAGUGACAACGCACAAAAAUGGCUCAAAAAUUCAUCUGAAAGUUCCGUAGAAGAAGCAACUGAAACUGUUGCGACAGAUUCUUUAGAAACUGAAGCAAUUGAAAACGAGGUUGUGUGAUAGUAAUGUUGAUUUUGUUUUGGAUGUGUAUACUUUAACUUGAACAAAAAUACCUACUAGCAAUUUUAUUCGCAAUAUAUUAUAAAUAUUACUGAAUGCAGAUGGAAAUUUAGUCUACGAAAAAGUUUUGAAUUCCUAAAUUUACCAGUUUUAGAAAGAAUUGUAAAUGUUAUUUAAAAGAAUAAUUAAAUUAAUUCCUCAUUACGAA